AUGGAUUUCUCGGAGUUAGUGGUUUGCCGUUCCAUUUUGCGACGACAAUUCAAUUAUUUCCGAAGCUAGAAAAAUAUGUAAGAUUGCGAAAUUUAAUAAUUAUAUAUAUAUAUAUGCCAUUCCGCGCCAGCUUGUAACCUUUUUUCCGCCAAAAGGCCAGGUCAAAUAUGACCAACUUCGCUUCAAGACCUUUGUUUCUUGCCGUUUUAAAAGAAGAAUUGAUAAGAAAGCUGUUUUUUAGUGUAGCCUUAUUUCAGCUUCUCUUCAAAAACGUGACAGUCUCGCUCGGAAUUUUCCAUAACUGCAACAAAAAAAAACUAAAACAAAAACCGAAUUCCGUGAAGCGAAGCAGGUCAAAUUUAAUCUAAUUUGGUAUACAGUCUUUUUGGCGGAAAGAAAAACGAAACAAGCUCGCGCGGAAUAGGCUAUAGUUUUUCGGACUUCACUAUCGAAUAUUUUUGCCUUUAAAGGUCGAGGCAUCUGUCUUUUAACUAAAAUCAAAAGUAUGAAUAUUUUCAAAAUUUUUUUAGGCCAGCAGUUUUCUUGUUUUAAAGUAUAAACCUGCCGCAAUCAACAGCGUUUUAGAUCGUUAUUUGUAACAUGAAUCGUUUCCCACAGAUUAUUUUGUGAACAAGCUAUAUCAUUAAAAGGAAAAAGGAAUUUUUCUGAAAAAGGAAAUACUUCGAAAACAUACAUUUAUGGUGACGAAGACUAAACCAUUUUUUUUCCUUAUGGCGUGUUCGUCGGAGAAAAGAGAAACAUGUUUCAAAACGAAAAAUCGUGAUCAUAGGCUGCCGAAGUUGCUCAAAAACAGUAUUAAUUUUUGUUUCGAAGCAUUUUUCGUUUUUUUUUUUUUCCGAUGAACAUGCCAUGAAAAAGAUUUCGCUCUGAAAAAUUUGACGCGGGCAAAGAAUUAAACAACUUUUCACUGUUUGGCGGCUAAAACCCAAUUUUAUGGACUAUAUUGUAGCGAGAGUAACAAUGUAGCGCGGGGGAGCCGCGAGCAAUGUCGCUCGCCUCUCGCUGCGACCUCGCAAACGUCUUGCGCUAUAUCGCUCUCUGAAAAAAAAUUUUCAAAAAUGUUUUUUUUUUUCGCCUGUCGCGAUAUAGGGAAUUAUGUUGGGUGUCCUUUAGUGACUUUUUCAGCCUAGUUUUCCGCGCGCGUAAAGUUAGUUUGCAACGCGACAUAUCAACUAUUAUUGUUUGACGUUUUUCGCAUAAUGCUGUGUUUAAAGUGCUCUCAUGUUGGUUAGUUUCACCCGUGGAUGCUACCGCCGAUCUCCCAUUGAACCCCAGCCGAGCACCCGAAACGCAAUUUUUAGCCGCGCAUAGACCCCGUUUAAUUCCAGCGGAUCUACGCAAACGCACAGUUCUCAGCACGGAUGGCGCACGGUGCAUUCUGCUUUUUUGCACUCUGGUGCAUAACUGGAGUCUGCACCGUGCAGUUUUGGUGCUUUUUUGGUGUCGCACUGGUGCAGCGCGCUAAAAGCACUGAUUUGACACCUUUGCACCAAAAAAUCACCGAAAUCGCACGGUGCAGACCCCAAUUACGCACCAGAGUACAAAAAAGGAGAAUGCACCGUGCGCCACCCUUGCCGAGUUCAAGCGCCGAGCCCCCGUUUAGGUCCAGGGAAUUACCCGAAACGUUAAACACCGGGCUAUCGACCGUAGCACCCGCUUUGCAAAAUUAUGACAUAUUGGACCGAAUUUUGCUACCGGCCAUCAUGAGAGUGAUUCAUCGAAAUCCAGGCUAGCCGUCAGAGAGAGAAAAAUAUAAUUUUUGCAUUUCGCGGAAAUAACUUUGUACACGAGAUAAUGAAAAAAAAACCAAUAUCUUUUUCAAAUUUAUAGAAAAGUUGAAAUGGCUUGCGGGCUCGCUCUCAAAAGACCUCACGAGUACGAAGCAUACUUGAAAGACGACGGAUAUGGACCCGAUCCCAAGCGUGCCAGAACAGCUUCUCAUUGUUCUCCGUUUCGACCUCAAAUGGGUACCAUAGCUGCCAACUUGCCGUCAUCGAGUACAAGUUUCUCACAACGGUCAAAGGUUCGUUUUUUUUUUUCAUUAUUGUUUUCUUGACUUUUUCGCCUGAUGAAGUUAUAAGUUUUAUGUGCUAUAUAUUCCUUGUUCGAGGCUAGUACUCCAACGAGCUCAGAAUAGCACUAGAUUAUUGGCAGUAUGCAACCAGAGUUGUUUUAUUUAAGCAUUUUUCUGUACUUAAUACUGACUACAUAUUUUAAAGGAGGAUGAAAGCUCGCCUUUUGCUGUUAUUUCGGGACAAUGUCAGCUUUCUUCGUCUCAGCUGGAUGCUUACUUACGCUCGGAAAUACGCUGCCUUCGAAGAAGAAAAAUUCUUCCGAAGCGCUCUUUUCAGUCUGCGGCCGAAGCUGACACAAAAUUAGUAGAUGAUCCUGUAGAAAGAAAGGAGUAUCGGACGCCAAGCUCUCCCACUCACGUAUGUUCUUUUUUUUUGUGGAUUUUUCAAAUAUUUUAUUCAGUCUGCUUCUGAUUCCGACGGUGAAGGAACUUCGAAUCAAACUCAGACCAAGAAAAAUUUGCUUUACUCAAAGCCUCAAUUCAGCCUCAAACAGGUUUGUUAAGGCCCAAGUUUAAUUAAGCGUUCACUCUUUUUAGGUUCAAAUAAUUUGUGAACGCCUUUUGAAAGAGCAGGAGAUGCGCCUCCGUCAUGAAUAUGAGACCGCGCUCAACAAAAAGCUCAACGGUAUUAUAUUUUCAUUUUAUUUUUUUGCGAUUUCAUUUAAUCUUGCUGUAGUCGGGCUUUAAAAAGUAUAACGUUCCGUAAUAUUUCGGUUUUUUCGAGAAUUUACAGAAGUUGAUAAGCUUCAUAAAAAUUUUUUCAGAGCAACAUGAACAGUAUGUACAGUUUGCCUCCGAACAACUUGCUCAACAGCGUGUCGAUUCUUCCCACGGCGAUUACGCUUUUUCUUACCUUUCAUAG